AUGAAGAAGCGAGCCGAGUUGAAUGAUAAACUGCAAUCCCUUCUCUGUCCUACCGACAAGUGCAGCAUGUCUGCGAGAGUCGUUAACCUUUCGAAAAGGAGUCUAACACCCGCCGAGAUAAGCCUACUGUCAAAAGGACUUAAAUUCAAUCAUACCGAUGCAGCACCAACAAACUUCCUAGCGAGUCUUGAAUCCGUCCUACUGGUUUCUGCUAUCCCUGAAGACGUGCGUGCGGACAUACGCAGUUGUGCCAGUGGUCUUCUUCGACAAAGGAAACGUCACCGUAACUUGACCAUGGAUGAAGAAAAAAGGUUGCGAUCUCUGAAGACUGAUGACAGUAUCGUGGUUGUACCUGCUGACAAAGGAGGCGCAACCGUCAUCAUGGACAAGGCUGAUUAUGUUCGAAAAGCAAAUACUAUUUUUAAUGACAGGGUAGCUUACGCACCACUCGCUGAGGACCCCACGAAGAAGCAGGCCGCGGUUAUAAAGAAGAAGGUGAAUGAACUCGCUCGACUGAAGCUGAUUAACCCAAAUGACUCCAAAUGCAUGACUCUCACUGAUCCCCGUAUCGCGCAUGCCUAUGGCCUUCCAAAAGUGCACAAACCAGACGCACCAUUGAGGAUAAUAGUGCCACUCAUCGGGUCGCCCACUUACAACCUAGCCAAAUGGCUUUACAGGCAUCUGAAGCACCUCGCUGAUGGAUCACAAUACAGCAUCACAAAUUCUCAGGCAUUCCUUCAAAGGAUUGAAGGUCUUAAAGUAAGUCCUGAUGAAAGUAUACUAUCAUUUGAUGUUGUCGCAUUGUUUAGCUCAAUACCACAUAACCUUGCCAUUGAGAGAGAGGCCCAUCGCUUACGAGACAAUCCGAUCGACCUUCCAACACAUCACGUUCUAGAAUUGCUUAAGCUCUGCCUCAAUAACUAUUGCCAAUUCGAUGGCGAAUACUACCAGCACACUUCGGGCUUGGGUAUGGCUGGCUGA